AUGUCUGCUCUUCGUCAAGACAUUGAAUUCAAGACACUUGAUGGUGUGAUCUUACGAGGUUGGUUCUACAGCCCACGGCAGGAUACAGCGCAGCCAUGCAUAAUUAUGGCAAGUGGUCUGGGGGGGCUGAAAGAACAGUUUCUUCCAGAUUUUGCAGAGCGUUUCCAAACUGCUGGUUACGGAGUUCUUGUAUAUGACCAUCGCAAUUUUGGCGCCAGCGAUGGGUUGCCUCGCAAAGAAUGUGAUCCUACUCAGCAAGCGCGUGACUAUUCUGAUGCAUUUGACUUUGCUGCGUCUUUGCCAGAGGUGGAUCGGAGCCAAAUUAUCUUUUGGGGCUCAAGCAUGUCAGGUUCGGCUGCUAUAUAUGCUGCUGCCUUUGAUAAGCGUAUUAGAGCUGCUGUUUUUCAAGUUCCUUUUGUAUCAGGGGAGGCUAAGAGUGAGCUUUUUUCCAAGCAUCUUGCAGCUUUGUAUGAGAACCGAUGCAAUAUCAAAGCUGGGAAACCGGGCGCUGUACUACAGGUCUUUGCCCAAAACUCCAAGGAUGCGAAAAGGCCGGACUGUACAGCCAUGGUCAAUGAACCUGGAAUUAUUCCAUUCCUUGAGGAGCUGGAACGCCGCAAUAUUCACUGGGAAGGCGCGGUUACUGCCCAGACAAUUCUCAAUAUCAUCAGUUGCGAGCCAAUGGCCUUUAUCCAUAGAAUUGCCCCGACUCCAUUCCUUAUGGUAGUCUCAGACAAUGAUGUGGAGGCUGUCACCGCUGCUCAACUCAAGGCAUACGCAUCAGCGUACGAGCCCAAGCGCAUUACUGUCCUACAUGACGCAGAUCAUUUCAAACCUUACUUUGGCCCUACCUUUGAGGAAAACAUCAAUGCCCAACUAAACUUCCUCAAUGAAGUUUUGGGGAAGAACUAGGAGA